UUUUCCAUUUCAGGUCAAUGCAAGGCAGUAUCGCAGCACAAGCGUUCAGCUUCGACCAGCAGUUUAAGCCCUAUCAAAAGGAUGAGUUCGUUAUGGCAUUUUUUAAUGAUCAGAAUGUGAUCUCCAAUUUAAAAUUGCUCUCAGCUUCAGGACAGUGGACUACAUUGGAUUCCAAAGUGACAAAAAUUGAAGCUACAUUAGUGCCCUGUACACAGACUUCCAUGUCAUUUUUUGAUCGGCUCUACACUGAAGGAGUUGUCAGAGAAAAUGGAGUCAUUGUAAAGUGUUAUGAUGAAUAUUAUGAUGAUAUCCUUAUCUCUGAUGAAUUAAGGAAGGUCUUGCUUCUGGAAGAUUCAGACCAUUAUGACAUAUUUAGUGAAUCAGACCGCAAGGAAUUUCUGUUCUGUCUUUUUAAACAUCUUUGUAUUGGAGGAACUCUUUGCCAGUUUGAAGAUGUACUUGACCCAUACUUAGAAACUACAAAGGCUUUAUAUAAAGACUUGGUGAGGACUGCUUUAUAGAAUUGUUGGCAUAAAUGUAUGUUGUGUUUGAGAUUAGAGGUGACUGACUAGAGAUGCUAAGUCAAAAAAAGAAGACGACCAUUUUUCUCCCAUACGAUGACUUCUUUAACUAGCAACAUUUCUUACUUCCUUCUCAGUGGGAAGUGGAAUGCAAUGGUCAGUUGUGCUGAGACUCUUCCUAUCCAAGCCGAUGGGAAUGUGAAGGUCAUUGAUAAUACUACUAAAAUUUUGUACUAUAUUCUUAUUCUCUAUUUUACUAGUCUUAAUAAAUUUUGGUGGGACAUGAAGAACAAUGUGGACCUGAGCAAUGGAAAACAAUUGCAGAUCUCUGAAAUGUGAGAUAGUGUUUAUGUUAUCAGAGUUCUUAUACUUUGUAAUGUACUGGAAUGAACCAUACAAAGACUUCAAACUACUUAGGGUAGGAUUUCUUUUCUAUUCAGCUGUAUUUGGAAUGGUCUGAGUAUCAACUGCUAUUUCAUCUCCUGUUUAAGAUUAUACACAUGAACAUUAGAAAAAAAAAGUGUAAGUUAUAUUCCUUGUUAGAUCUGUUCUUAAAAUGCCUUUCAUUAAACAAGAGUAAAAGCUUUCUAUCUGAACAAAGAUGCAAGCAUUAGAGCCAGUGACUCUUAGACAUCUGAAUAUCUCUUGACUUGAACCAAGCCAUUCACUUUCUUGCUUCCUUUGGCUGCUGUUGUUUUUCCUGAACACAUUAGUUUUGUUCUGAGCCACUCCUCAUCUUUCCCUUCAUGUCUCCUUAAGCCUUUUUCCCUUAUUUUUCCUCCUGUAAACUGAUAAGGAUGUUAAGUAGUUCUUAUUAUCCAGCCCCCAAACCUCCCCAAAAAAGGGAAAACCCCUUACCUUUCUUGCUUUUCCUAUAUCCUCAACCUGUUCCCUAUUUUCCCCUUAGGUAUUUCUGUAACUUUUCUCUUGUGUGCUACAUCUUCCCUUUACAUUAUAACAGCAUAAACUAUUUCCAGGUCUGAUUGUUUUUUUUUGUUUGGUUCGUUGGUUCUGUUUGUUUUUUGUUAUUUAAUGUUGGUUGUUUGUUUUUGUUUUACUGUUUUCUGCUUGCUUUCUAUCCAUCAGUUUUAAAAUACACCUAUCCACUCCUAAUGAUGUAACUGUUUUGGUAUUUAUCUACUGUGUGUCUCCCCAUUUCCCUGCCUGCAGUGUCUGUCUGUUGAUUUCUCACUGCCAGUGGACUGGUAUUCGCACUGCUUACCAGUCGAAAAAGCGAGUCACAAGAUAACUUGCUCCUUUGAUAUUAAGUUCAUGUCUAACCAGAGAAGCUUUCAGUCUUGACAUUUCCAACCUUCUCUCCCAGAUCACAGUCACAUUUAUCUCUUCCUUCCUUCAUUUCAUCCUGCCCGUAGUUUACCCAGAAUGUGAGGUGGUUGUUGCUGCUUUGUUACUACCUUAUUAAGAGAGAAAAAGCCAUUAAAGAGUAAGUAAUGCAGCUUUGAAGAGGUACCCUUGCACACCAAUUUUGACUGAAUUGAUUUCUGAUUUCCAGUCUGCACUGUACACUGUUUUUACUUCAUUUUUUUGCACAAAUAACACCACACAGUAAAGCAAUUAAAAUUACUUCCUUAUGAUCUCUGUAGUUUCAAAAGACAACAGUUCACAACAGCAUUGGUCCCUUAAAUUCUUUAACCAAACCGUUCACCUUCAAACUUCUGUCGAAGCCCAACUAUUUUUAAAUCCUUCUAUUCUAGACAGCUACCCUCUGCCUGCUUUUGUUGCAUCCUGGAUUGCAAUCUUAUUAGAUACAUUCUGCUCUUUGUAAUAUGAUACUCAAAACUUAUCAUGGUGUUAAGAAAUUCUGCAGACUGUACUCUUUUCAAAUUAUUUUUGUCUUGGCAGCUCCUGGGCUCGGUAGAAAACAAAUGGACAGAACAAUAAUUGCUGGCUGUUAGCGAAUGUGUGUUGAAACAUUGGCUGGCACAGAUGGCCUUAAUCAAAUUGUGAUAUAACUGUAGAAAUACACACAUUGUUGCUUGGUCCCACAACAGUUUUUCUUAAGCAAAAGAGCCUUGAUAUGAAGAGCACCACAGAAGUGUAACUCCUGCAGGAUCUGCAGAGUGGCAGACCUGUUACAAGUCUUUACCACUUCUUUUUCUUACAGUUUCUUCCGCUUGAUCCUGAGUUCUAACUCCAAGGCACGAAAGCUCUAAAUAAAGUCAGCAUUUUGUUUUCCUAAAGCAUUUUGACAUUUUGUUUUCCUAAAGCAUUCACAGGUAUAUGGUCUUCUUAUGAUAGAAUUUGAUAAUCUUUUGAAAUUAACUGCUCUAGAUAUUUGACAAGCACAACUAAGAAGUUUCAAAUAAAAGCAUUAAAUGAGAGGUUUUCUACUUUGGAAAAAGAGUAAUUUUUUCACAAUGAAUUUAUUCACAGUUGAUACAAACACAGCAGUCAUUGUCCUGUGACCAACUGAAAUCCAUUCAGAUUUUCAGCCUGUCAUGUUCUAUGUCACCUGAAAAAAUUAAAAAUAUUUGUAGCAUUUUUGCUUUAUCUAAUUCAUUUACGUGACAGAAGUGGGGCAAUUAAAAUAUCAUCUAUUAAACUCCGUGAUCUUCUGAAUUGAUAAAUGUCUUCUGUACUAAGUCCUGUUUUUUCUGACAUUGCCGCUUUCUGGUGACAACUGCUGUCGUAUCUUAUCAGUAUUGUUCUCUUUAUUCUUCUGUGUCAUCUCCACAUCCUUUCCCCUGUGAUAAGUGAAUUUAUGUAAAGCACUGGGUUGUUUAUUUAAUGGUUGGAAAGCCUAAUAAAACAUUGCCAGUGAGUAAGGUGAGAAUGUAAUUAGAACUCAAAGUGAAUUGAUCCACAAUGAGGAAGUUUGCUCAUCGUAACCAGAGGAUAGAUGCACACUAAAAUGACAAAGGAAUUUCCAUAGUUGAUUAAUGGUUUAGGAGUUAACAACCUGGAAGAACAAAGUGGAUAUUGAGACAAUGUUUUAAUGGAAAUAUUCUUCUUUUCAAGAAGAGAAGGUAUGCUUUUUCUAAAAUCUUUUAGGGAAAAACAAAACAAAACAAUAACCCCCCCACAGCGGAGCUUGUCAGAGGGAACAUCCUGGUUUCUUCCUAGCUAUCAAGAGCAGAAUCUCGUCUGAUUUUGGCAGAUAUAUUAUUUUGCCCUAAAAGUUAACCAAAGCAUUAGAAAUAAACAUGGCAUACAGGAAGCUAUGCACAUGGGGAGAAUUUCUCCAGGCAAUGGAAUAAAUAAGAUUUACUGUCACCCUUUGCUUUGGUAUCCUAUGUAUAACAUAAAAUUUAAGGAACCUGAAAGUUUUCAGAUAGAAGAAAAGGAAGCCGGAGUAACCUAAGAACAAUGGUAGUUUUUGAGGAUGGAUGUAUAUGGCAGAAGUUGCUGACCCCCAGACCUGCUGUACCUUGGUCAGAAACUUGUCACCCUUUCAGCAGACACAGUGCCGCAGUUUACAGCCCAGCAUGUUAGCAUAAACUGACCUCUAUUUUAGUUUAUCUUAAUAUGCUGCUCUGUAAACUGCAGUGGUUCAAAAGCUGAGUCACGAACCAGUUGAGCUGUCCCUGCUGGGAAGACAGUAAUCUCUUGAGGGGUGGUAAGGUAGAGAACUGGGGCCAGUACCAAUUUCAGCACUGUUGUCUUAAUCCACUGUUGAGUAUAUCAACAUGUGAGUUACAGCAAAAAAUUCUGAGAAAGCCUCGUUACUGACUCACCACAGGAAAGAUCUGCUUCACAGUACAGACUUAGUUCCUCCACAGCUGUCAUUACUUUGCAGAUGAAAUCAGUUGAAGUCAUUUUUCAAUUGGUUAAAAAAAUAACGUGGGUUGGGUUUUGUUUGUUCUUAUAAAAAGCAGCUUUGUGAAAGCAGUAGUAAUAGGGGACUGCUGUCAUAGCUUGGAGCUGGUUAGGUGGACAACUGGGCUGCUUUUAAAACAGCCUCUUGCAAUUUGGCUGUUUUAUGACCUUACCCAGGAACUGAACCUGUUUGUCACAAGGCAGAUUCUCAGCAGAUUCUGGGAACUGUAUGAAUAUGGAAUGUGUAAGGGCUCAACUGAUCCAUGGUGAAUCAAUUUAAACAGCAAUCUGUGCAAUCAGAUAAACUGAUAGAAGUUACGUGAGCUAACUAAAAAGAAAUGUAGGCAUCGCUUUAAAGAAGACCUUAGGAAAAGUAAUAUAUCUUAAGAUAUCUCAGUUUAAAAUACGUUGCUGAGAUAAUUGGCCACUCUGCAAUAACAUCUUAGUGUUGGUAAUAUAGUAAUUAGUUAGUAAUAAUAUCUUAGUAUUGGUAAUGGUGAUGGAAGAAAUGUCAGA